CUUAAGGGUUUGGCAACCACAAUGCAAUUGCAGCGGUGAGCGCCUUGUGGGCUUCUUUCGAGGAUUGUAAGAGUCGUCGCAAAACAGAAACAGUGACCGUAAUCAAACAGCCGAAACAGACUCGUGCGUGGAUGUGGAUGCAACUGUUGCACCUUACGUACAGAAAUGAGCCUCUGAAACUCAUAAGGAAGGAAAGGUUACCGUAAGCUCUUAGGAGGAGCUCUGUUUUCACCCCCCCCCCCCAAAAAAAAACUCCUCAAUCAUGACACCUCAAUGGCUGGUGCUGGCGUUCACUCUCCUACAAGCCAUGCCCAACAAAGGAUUCCCCACGGCCCCAACGGAUCUGCCCUCUGAGACGGGCGCCUACCGGGUGACGGACACCAGCCUGACGCACCUGACAGUGCACCGCAAGUCCGGCGACGUCUUCGUGGGCGCAGUCAACCGCGUCUACAAGCUCUCUGCCAACCUGACCGAGCUGCGCUCACACAUCACCGGCCCCGUGGAGGACAACUCCAAGUGCUACCCGCCCCCCAGCGUCCGGGCCUGUGCCCACAAGCUGGAGCCCUCCGACAACGUCAACAAGCUGCUGCUGGUGGACUACGCCGGCAACCGGCUGGUGGCCUGUGGCAGCAUCUGGCAGGGCGUCUGCCAGUUCCUUCGGCUGGAGGACCUCUUCAAGCUGGGCGAGCCUCACCAUCGGAAGGAGCACUACCUCUCUGGGGCCCGGGAGGCGGACGGGAUGGCAGGGGUGGUGGUGGGAGAGGACGACGGUGCGGGCGGGGAGGCGAAGAAGAAGAGGAAAGGGGGCAGCCGGCUGUUCAUCGGAGCGGCCAUAGACGGCAAGUCCGAGUAUUUCCCCACCCUGUCCAGCCGCAAGCUGGUGGCGGACGAGGACAGCGUCAACAUGUUCAGCCUGGUGUACCAGGACGAGUUUGUGUCCUCGCAGAUCAAGAUCCCCUCCGACACGCUCUCCCUCUACCCGGCUUUCGACAUCUACUACGUCUACGGCUUCUCCAGCCGCACCUACAUCUACUUCCUCACCCUGCAGCUGGACACCCAGCUCACCCAGAUGGACGCCACCGGCGAGAAGUUCUUCACCUCCAAGAUCGUGCGCAUGUGCUCCAACGACACUGAGUUCUACUCGUACGUGGAGUUCCCCCUGGGCUGCACCAAGGACGGGGUGGAGUACCGGCUGGUGCAGGCCGCUUACAAGCACCGGCCGGGCCGCAUGCUGGCCCAGGCCCUCGGCCUGUCCGAAGACGAGGACGUCCUCUUUGUGGUCUUCUCCCAGGGCCAGAAGAACCGGGCCAACCCGCCCCGCGAGACCGUGCUGUGUCUCUUCACCCUGCGCCAGGUCAACCUAGUCAUGAGGGAGAGGAUCAAGUCCUGUUACCGCGGCGAGGGCAAGCUGUCCCUGCCCUGGCUUCUCAACAAGGAGCUGCCCUGCAUCAACACGCCGAAGCAGAUCGGAGAUGACUUCUGCGGGCUCGUGCUGAACCAGCCACUGGGGGGCAUGAGGGUGAUUGAGGGCACCCCGCUGUACGACGACCGCACUGAGGGCAUGGCCGCGGUGGCCGCUUACACCUACGGGGAGCACUCCGUCGUUUUUGUGGGGACCCGCAGCGGGCACCUCAAAAAGAUACGAGUGGACGGCAUCCCCCCGCCUUCCCAGAAUGCCCUGCUGUAUGAAACCGUUCAGGUGGUGGAGGGCAGCCCCAUACUUAGGGACAUGGUCUUCAGCCCAGAUUACCAGUAUAUCUAUCUGCUUAGUGACAAACAGGUGAGCAGAUUGCCUGUGGAGAGCUGUGGGCAGUACACCACCUGUCGGACCUGCCUGGGUUCCGGGGACCCCCACUGCGGCUGGUGUGUCCUCCACAACAAGUGUUCCAGACAGGAUGCGUGUGAAAAGUGGGCGGAGCCACAGCGCUUCAACGUGGAACUGGACCAGUGCGUCGACGUCAGUGUGACGCCCAACAACAUGUCCGUGACGUCUCCCUCCAUCCAGCUGAGCGUGAAGGUGCGCAACGUGCCCAACCUCUCCGCGGGCGUCACCUGUGUGUUCGAGGACCUGUCCGAGAGCCAAGGGGAGGUGCUGUCCAAGGGUCAGGUCUUCUGCAUGUCUCCCUCUCUGCGGGACGUCCCGACCCUGACACAGGGAUAUGGAGACAAACGCGUUGUCAAACUGUCCCUCAAGUCCAAGGAAACAGGCCGAAAAUUCAUCACCACCGACUUCAUCUUCUACAACUGCAGCGUUCUCCAGUCGUGCCUGUCCUGUGUCAGCAGCCCCUUCCCCUGCAACUGGUGCAAGUACCGGCACAUCUGCACCAACAACCUGGCCGAGUGCUCCUUCCAGGAGGGCCGAGUCAGCGGAGUGGAGGGAUGCCCGCAAAUCCUCCCCACCAGCGACAUCCUGGUUCCCGCCGGCAUCAUCCGGCCAAUCACACUGCGCGCCCGCAACCUGCCGCAGCCGCAGUCGGGGCAGAAGAACUACGAGUGCGUCUUCAGCAUCCAGGGGAAGGUGCAGCGCAUCCCGGCCGUGCGCUUCAACAGCUCCUGCAUCCAGUGCCAGAACACGUCGUACUGGUAUGAUGGCGAUGAGGUGGGAGACCUGCCUGUGGAUUUCUCCAUUGUUUGGGAUGGGGACUUCUUCAUUGACAAGCCUGCUACCAUGAAAGCGCUGCUGUAUAAGUGCGAGGCUCAGAGGGACAGCUGUGGCCUGUGUCUGAAGGCGGACAGCUCUUUCGAGUGCGGCUGGUGCCUCGGGGAGAAGAAGUGCCUCCUGCGCCAGCACUGCCACGCCCCCGAGCACAACUGGAUGCACCAGGGCCGGCGCAACGUGCGCUGCAGCCACCCGCGCAUCACCAAGAUACGGCCUCUGACGGGGCCCAAGGAGGGGGGUACCCGAGUGACGAUGGAAGGGGAGAACCUGGGCCUGCAGGUUCGGGAGAUCACCCACGUGCGCGUGGCCGGGGUGCGCUGCAACCCAGUGCCGUCGGAGUACAUCAGCGCAGAGAGGAUCGUGUGCGACAUGGAGGAGUCGCUCCUCGCCAACCCCCCCGGAGGCCCGGUGGAGCUGUGCAUCGGAGACUGCAGCGCCGAGUACCGCACCCUGUCCUCCCAGACCUACUCCUUCGCGACUCCCAGCUUCAACAAGGUCCACCCAGAGAAGGGUCCCUUGUCGGGGGGCACCAGGCUCACCAUCACCGGCAGACACCUGGACGCUGGAAGCGCAGUGAACGUGUUUCUGGGCCAGGGAGAGUGCCAGUUUGUCAGGAGAAACACGCGGGACAUUGUGUGUGUGACCCCACCCUCGCAGUCCGGCUCGGGACCCAGCCCCAUCAAGCUGUUCAUCGACAAGGCCGAGGUCACCAGUGCAGAGACCCGCUACCUGUACACCGAUGACCCCACCAUCUCCAGCAUCGAGCCCAACUGGAGCAUCGUGAAUGGAAGCACCUCUAUCACAGUGACAGGCACUAACCUGCUCACCAUUCAGGAGCCCAAAGUGCGUGCCAAGUAUGGAGGCGUGGAGACCACCAAUGUGUGCACUGUGGUGAAUGAGUCUGUGAUGACCUGCCUGGCCCCUGGCAUCAUCUACACCAAGCGGCAGGCCCCCGAGUCUGGCGUCCAUCCAGAUGAGUUUGGUUUCAUCCUGGAUCAUGUGACAGCCCUGCUCACCCUCAAUGGGACUCCCUUUACCUAUUACCCCAAUCCAACCUUCGAUGCCCUGGGGAACUCUGGGAUACUGGAGGUCAAGCCUGGCUCCCCCAUCAUCCUUAAAGGAAGGAAUCUGAUUCCUCCUGCCCCGGGGAACGCCCGUCUGAAUUACACUGUCAUGAUUGGAGAAUCGCCCUGUCUGUUAACCGUCUCCGAGUCCCAGCUGCUCUGCGAUUCGCCAGACAUCACUGGGGAGCAACGAGUCAUGAUUUUGGUGGGAGGUCUGGAGUACUCCCCCGGCACCCUGCACAUCUACUCCGACAGUGCGCUGACCUUGCCCGCCAUCAUCGGCAUCGGUGCGGGAGGGGGCGUUCUUCUCAUCGCCAUCAUCGCAGUGCUCAUCGCCUACAAGCGCAAGACCCGCGACGCCGACCGCACGCUCAAGCGCCUGCAGCUGCAGAUGGACAACCUGGAGUCCAGGGUGGCCCUGGAGUGCAAGGAGGCGUUCGCAGAGCUGCAGACCGACAUCCAGGAGCUGACCAAUGACAUGGACGGCGUGAAGAUCCCCUUCCUGGAGUACCGCACCUACACCAUGAGGGUCAUGUUCCCCGGCAUUGAGGAGCACCCAGUCCUGAAGGAGCUCGAUUCUCCCGCCAACGUGGAGAAGGCACUGCGUCUGUUCAGCCAGCUGCUGCACAAUAAGAUGUUCCUGCUGACCUUCAUCCACACUCUGGAGGCCCAGCGUUCCUUCUCCAUGCGGGACCGCGGCAAUGUGGCCUCCCUCCUGAUGGCGGCGCUGCAGGGCCGCAUGGAGUACGCCACCGUGGUGCUGAAGCAGCUGCUGGCCGACCUCAUCGAGAAGAACCUGGAGAACCGCAACCACCCCAAGCUUCUGCUCCGACGGACAGAGUCAGUGGCUGAGAAGAUGCUCACUAACUGGUUCACGUUCCUGCUGCACCGAUUCCUCAAGGAGUGUGCCGGUGAGCCCCUGUUCAUGCUGUACUGUGCCAUAAAGCAGCAGAUGGAGAAAGGCCCCAUCGAUGCCAUCACCGGCGAGGCGCGCUACUCCCUCAGCGAGGACAAGCUCAUCCGCCAGCAGAUCGACUACAAACAGCUGACCCUGAUGUGCAUCCCCCCAGAGGGAGAGGCUGGCACAGAGAUCCCGGUCAAGGUGCUGAACUGUGACACCAUCACCCAGGUGAAAGACAAGCUGCUGGACGCUGUGUACAAGGGCAUCCCAUACUCCCAGAGACCCCAGGCAGAGGACAUGGAUCUGGAAUGGCGACAGGGAAGACUGACCAGAAUCAUCCUGCAAGAUGAAGAUGUUACAACUAAGAUAGAGAGUGACUGGAAAAGACUGAACACCUUGGCCCACUACCAGGUGACAGACGGCUCCCUGGUGGCCCUGGUCCAGAAGCAGGUUUCUGCCUACAACAUCGCCAACUCCUUCACCUUCACUCGCUCCCUGAGCCGAUACGAGAGCCUGCUGAGGACCUCCAGCAGCCCGGACAGCCUGCGCUCCCGGGCCCCCAUGAUCACGCCCGACCAGGAGACGGGCACCAAGCUGUGGCACCUGGUGAAAAACCACGAGCACGCCGACCAGCGGGAGGGUGACCGCGGCAGCAAGAUGGUAUCGGAGAUAUACCUCACCCGCCUGCUGGCCACCAAGGGGACCCUGCAGAAGUUCGUGGACGACCUGUUCGAGACGGUGUUCAGCACUGCCCACCGCGGCAGCGCCCUCCCGUUGGCCAUCAAGUACAUGUUCGACUUCCUGGACGAGCAGGCCGACCGCCGGCAGAUCAGCGACCCUGACGUGCGCCACACCUGGAAGAGCAACUGCCUGCCCCUGCGCUUUUGGGUGAAUGUGAUCAAGAACCCGCAGUUUGUCUUCGACAUCCACAAGAGCAGCAUCACGGAUGCCUGCCUGUCGGUGGUGGCCCAGACCUUCAUGGACUCCUGCUCCACCUCCGAGCACCGGCUGGGGAAGGACUCCCCCUCCAACAAGCUGCUCUACGCCAAGGACAUCCCCAACUACAAGAGCUGGGUGGAGCGGUACUACCGAGACAUAAGCAAAAUGCCCAGCAUCAGUGACCAGGACAUGGACGCCUACCUGGUGGAGCAGUCACGCCUCCACGCCAACGAGUUCAACACUCUGAGCGCCCUGAGCGAGCUCUACUUCUACAUCAACAAGUACAAAGAGGAGAUCCUGACAGCGCUGGACAGAGACGGAUACUGCCGCAAACACAAACUGCGGCACAAACUGGAACAAGCCAUCAACCUGAUGUCGGGCAGCAGCUGAGGGGAGAGGCGCGGGGCGGCGCGGGGC